AUGGAUUCGUACUCUUCGCACCGAGACUCCUCCGCGCGCUCGCCGGGCGACAGGACGUGGGGCAGUCGCGACGACCCACGAAUCAAGGAGGAGCGGGCUGAUACUUUCUAUCGCGGUAGAUCUCCUGCCCACGAGCGCCAACACCGUGACAGACGUCGCUCUCGAUCCCCGGCCGCCAUCGACCGUUAUGAACCGAGAGGGCGCGGUCGCGAUGACUACGCCGGUGGUCGAGAUCGCGAUGAUCGCCGAGAACGGAGAAUCACGUCGCCGCCCGCUAACAUUGAUCGCUACGUCCCCGGGCAAGACAGCAGUGCCCCUACACCGUUAACCGUCAACCCACUUGCGGAUCCGGUUAAGCUCCCUUACCAGGUCGGAUUUUCAUACUUUGGCGAAUGGUGGAGAAUGAAUGAGAAGAUCAAGGAGGAGAAGGAGCGUCAACGCACCGGUCGCCGUCGCGAGCCCGAGCGCGCUCGUGGCCCUCGCGAGGUGCAGGAAGAGCGCGAGAAGGAGAAGGCCAAGAUUCAGCUCGCGUAUGAUGCCUACAAGGAAGAACUCCAAGGAAAGAUGGCUCGCACCUUUGUCAGCGAGCACAAGAAGGAGCAGUGGUUUCGCGAACGUUAUGUGCCUGAGAUCCGCGAUGCUUUCAGAGCCCAACUUAAUGAGUUCCGCAGAGGCGCUUAUAGCCAAUGGGAGCAAGAUCUCGAGUCCGGAACCUUUGACGACUUCUCCCUUGAAGGUAUCCCUAAGAGCGAGACGAACGGCCUCGGUGGUCUCGUAGAGAAGGAGGAGGGUGAAGCAACCGCCGCCAAUGAGAUCCUCGGCGUUGGCGACCUUGUGCCGGCAAACGGCGCUGACAUCAGAGACGAGAACCUGUACCAGCCAACCCUCCUCAUCAAGACCAUUGCCCCUCACGUCAGCAGGCAAAACUUAGAGACAUUCUGCAAAGAACAUCUCGGCGAAGAAGAGGGUGGUUUCAAGUGGCUUUCUCUUUCGGAUCCCAACCCCAGCAAGCGGUAUCACCGUAUUGGUUGGGUCAUGCUUCAUCCUUCAUCAGAGGUCGCCCCUGUUGUCGACCGUGUGGAUCCCAAGGAUGAAGACGGCGAUUUGCCUUUGAAGUCGCCAGCCGUUAUCUCAACUGCUGAGAAGGCUCUCGAUGCUGUCAAUGGCAAGACUGUGAAGGACGAAGUCAGAGGUGACUUUGUCUGCCACGUCGGUGUGCACAACCCUCCCAGCCACCCUCGAAAGAAGGCUCUGUGGGAUCUCUUCUCCGCACCUGAGCGUGUUGAGAAGGACUUAAACCUCGUCCAGCGUCUGGUCAACAAGUUUGAGGAAGACUUUGGUUCCGACUUCAAUGCCGUACUGAAAAUUGAGGAGAGAGUCGAUGAUCUUAAGAAUGCUGGUCGUCUCCAACCUGCCGCCAGCGCAACAAAGAAGAAGCCCAAGAAGGAACGUGAUCUCGACGUCGACGACGGCAUGGACGACGGAGAAGACGGCGCCAUUGACGAUGACGAGGACGAGGGUGCUGUGGAGGAGGAGGACACCGAUGACGAAGAGCUGCUCGUGAAGAAGAAGCAGCUGGAUCUGAUGAUUGAGUAUCUCAGACGCGUUUACCAUUUCUGCUUCUUCUGCGUCUUCGAGAGCGACUCGGUCCACGAGCUAACUCGCAAGUGCCCUGGUGGUCACCUGCGUCGCCCGAGAAGCACUCUCAGCACCGCUGCCAAGGCCGUUGCGCGCGCUAGCGCCAACGGGGAGCCGUUCCCCGGAAAGAAGCGCAGUGAGAUCGAGGAAGAGGGCGAAGCAACCGAGAACGACAAGAAAUUCCGUGGUACCAAUGGCAAGGCAGAACAGCAGCUUCUGCGUGCCUACAACUGGGUGAAGACCUUUGAGGACAAGAUCAUGCAGAUCCUAGAGCCUGAAACGGCGGAUCUGCGUAAACUCGGAGGCCGGCCAGUCGAGGACGCUGUUAGUGAGGAGCUUCUCAAGUUUGUCAAGCAAGAAGACGAGCAUAAGUGGAGGUGCAAGGUGCCCGAGUGUACCAAGCUGUUCAAGGAGGAGCACUUCUGGCGCAAGCACGUUGAGAAGCGCCAUAACGAUUGGCUCGAGGGCAUUGAGCAAGAGUUCCACCUCAUCAAUGCCUAUGUUAUGGAUCCAUCCCACAUCGCACCGUCGCGAACGGAUGCCAACUCCAACGGCCACUUCCCUCCAGCGAAUGGCCAGUCUGCGACUGGAACUCCCCGUGGCUUCAAUUUGCAGAACUUCACCAUGAACGGGAUGAUGCCUAUCCCGGGCUUCCCCAUGCCGCCAGGCGGUUUCCCACCAUUCGUUGGCAGCGGUCACCCUGGCGUUCAACCUGGAUGGAACGCCGGCGGCGAUGACCGUGGUGGUCCUGGCCCCAUCCGCCGUGGAGGCAUGGGUGGUGGCCGUGGUGCCUAUCGUACUGGGCCCUACGACCGACGUCCGAACCCCCGUUGGGACGGUGGUAUGGGCGCAAGAGGUCGCGGCGGCGCUGGGAAAUGGGGAGACGGCGCUGCUGCAGGUGGAGCCGCCGUCGGUCCCCGCGAGGCUACUCAGGGACGCAGUCUCAAGAGUUACGAGGAUCUCGACCAUGUUGCUGGUGGCGGCGGUGGUGAGCUGAAUUACUAG